AAUGGCAAAGUUUCUGAUGACCUGGGAUCAGCAGAAAAGAAGCCAGCAGAUAUGGUGGCAGCUUGGGUAGAGAUGAGUGACGGAACGCCCUGUGAGACAGGCUGUGGUGCCAGUUCUUGCCCUGGUCCUGAUGAAGAGAAGGUCCCAGAAGCCAAAAAGGCCUGCGACAUCAUCAAAGCCCAAAACGGUCCAUUUGCAGGGUGCCAUUCCACAGUGCCCCCAACCCCCGACUACGAUGCUUGUGUCAGGGAGAUGUCCACAGGCGAAGGGGGCAUGCACGUCCUGUGCCGUCACAUCCAGAGUUAUGUCACUGCCUGUCAACUAGCUGGCACAAAGAUAAGCAAAUGGAGGAGCAAGGACUUCUGUCCUGUGACAUGUCCAACAAGAAGUCACUAUGAGCUGUGCUCCUCUGCCUGCUCCUCCACCUGCUUCUCUCUGGAACAGCCAGAGCCCUGCCCAGUGUGCCAGGAGGGCUGCCAGUGUGACGAGGGCCUCAUGUCUGAUGGAGUCCGCUGUGUCCCUGUGGAGGAAUGUGGCUGUGUAGUGGAUGGACUUUACUAUCAGUCGGGUAAAUCUGAAUAUCAGGAGGACUGUUCAGAGCUCUGUCUCUGUCAGUCUGGACAAUUCAGCUGCAGCUCAACAAGUUGCCAGGAGGGGAAGGAGUGUCGCAAUGUGAAUGGAACAAUUGGCUGCUACCCCACAGACCCCUGUGCUGAGAUUAAGUGCAGGGUGAAGGAGCACUGUGAGGUAUCAGAAGGCCAAGCAGGCUGCUUCCCUGAUUUUAAGGCCUCAUGCUCGGCCUUCGGUGACCCACACUACAUCACAUUUGAUGGAUGGAGUUAUUCAUUCCAGGGAACCUGCACCUAUGUCCUCGUCAACACUACAGGUCUCGAUCCAUCCCUGCCAGAGGUAACUGUGACCACCAAGAACGAGUUGCGUGGGAACUCUAAAUACUCCUAUGUGCGUUUACUCACUGUGGAGAUGAUGGGCCACAUUAUAUCCAUCCCAAAUAAUAACAAAGGCAACAUGUUGGUGGACGGCAUCAAGACAGAACUUCCUGUUAUUCUUGAAGACGGCAGCCUCUCCAUAAUACAGUCUGGAAUCAGAGGAAUAAUCCAGAGUGAUAUUGGCGUUGAAGUCACUUUUGAUUGGUCCACACUUAUCAUGGUAUCCCUAAGCAGCAGUUACUAUGGUAACGUCGUUGGACUCUGUGGAAACUUUAAUGGCAAAAAGGAGGAUGAGCUGACGGCGGCCAGAGUCACGGCUGUUAAUGUGACCGACUGGGCCAAGACAUUGAGUGUCGCUGAUGGUGACCCAUUCUGUUACCAUUACUGCAAAGGGGUGUGUCCUCAGUGCUCUGAGGAGGACCGUGUCAGGUUCACUGGUCCAAAGUACUGCGGCAUUCUGAGUGAUAAGCAGGGGCCUUUCUCUGGCUGUCACAAUAAAGUGCCAGUAGCAGAGUUUGUGUCUGACUGUUUGUAUGACGUCUGCAUCAACAAAGGACGACCUGAAGUGUUGUGUAACGCCUUGAACGGUUACUUCACAGAGUGCCAGGAAGCUGGAGCAUCCAUUAAACAGUGGAGACAACUGGCCAGCUGUUCUGUUAAAUGUCCGGCCCACAGCCACUACGAGGUGUGUGGUUCAGCCUGUCCACCCAGCUGUGGUCCUCAGCAAGUGGUGUGCCCCCAGAAAUGUGUGGAAGGCUGCUCCUGUGACCCUGGAUAUGUCCGCAGUGGAACUAAGUGUGUUGUCAAGGAGACGGGCUGUGGCUGUAACUAUCUUGACAAGUACUACCAGCCAGGGGUGGUGUUCUGGGCUGACUCACAGUGUGAGGAGAGGUGUGUGUGUGAUGCAACAACACAAAAGGUGCAAUGUAAGAAGACUAAGUGUCCUUCCGGGGAGAAAUGCGGCAUUGUGGAGGGAGUGCAAGACUGUUAUCCAGUCAGCUUUCAAACUUGCUCCGCACAUGGAGAUCACCACUUCAACACCUUCGAUGGACGCACGUUCGAUUUCAGGGGCGACUGUGUCUUCAAGUUGGCAAGUGUGUGUGGAGACACGAAAGGUCUGCGGCCCUUCGAGGUCAACCUGGGGAACAACCACCGUGGCAAAAAAAGAGCGUCAUAUGCUAAAGUGGUGACCGUCAAAGUCUAUGGUGUCACAUACACACUUUCACAGGACCACCCAGGUGGAGUACUGGUGGACGGGGUUGAACAGUCUCUACCGUUCUCACUCAAUCAAUCACUGAUCCAAGUUUAUCACAGAUACAGACACACUGUCAUUGAGACAGACUUUCUUGAGGUCUCCUUUGACUUUGCGAGUGCAGUGAGGGUGGAGCUGGCUACCAGUUAUCAAGGUGCAACCUGUGGUCUUUGCGGAAACUUUAACAAUGACCCUGCUGAUGACCUGAUGCUGCCCAAUGGGAACAUGGCUUCCAACGCCAAUGAGUUUGGAGUGAGCCAAUGGCUGGCCAACGUGAAAGGCUGCUCUCUUGAGUGUAAAGACUGUGCUCCCCCCUUUGCCCCUGACUACAAACCACCCAGCUACACAUCAGCCUGCAAGGUCAUAACAGCAGAGGAUGGGCCCCUGGCGGACUUUGUAGGCCGCAUAGAUUCCAGGCAGUUCCAUGACGACUGCAUACGUGACAUGGUGUUUAAUAAGGGGAAAAAGGGGUCAGAAUGUGACAUCAUCAGUGACUCUGUGGAGGAGUGUCAGAGAAAAGGCGGGCCCGUGAAGCCAUGGAGGACGAAGAAGCUGUGUUGGAUGCAGUGUCCAGACAACAGCAAGUACAGUGUAACAGCUCCUGGCUGUCCACGCAGCUGCUCCUCUCGGUCUUCUCCACAGAAUUGUAAAGCCAAACCCAGUGAGGGUUGUGUGUGUAACCCUGGUUUCCUGCUCAGUAAGGAUCGCUGUGUGCCAAAGGCUAAGUGCGGCUGCUUCUUCGAGGGUCAGUACGUUAAGUCUGGACUGACAUUCUACGCAGACUCUGACUGCCAGCGCCGAUGUGUGUGUCACGGAGGGGUGAUGACCUGUAAGAUCAAACCCUGCAAUAAGAACAAAAAAUGUGAAGUGAGGAAGGGAGUGAGGAGUUGUGAGAAAAAGGGAUAGAACAGGACACAAACACAUAUUCUGUUAAUUGUGUAUGCAAUCAAUUCUAAUCAGAUGUUCUUCUGUGGUGACUGUCCAUUUCUAAGGUCUCCUCCUUAUCGAUUCGUAAAUCAAACAUAAUUUACUCCAGGUUACAUAAUGUACCCUAUAUAACCUACUAUGUACACUAAGGUAUAUACAACUAAUCAUGAGAAGUUCAAACGAAUGCGGCCUGAUACUACAGCCGUGCAAUAACAACUCUCUAUAUGGGGUUUUUAAUCAUAUUUUAGUGGGAACAGAGAGACAUUCAUUUUGUUGAAUGGACCUUUUUGAAGCUGUUGAGCUGAACUGCAUGAUACUGUACUGACAUUAUUCAAAACAGGCUAAAUAACACAAACAGCUCCCUGUGUAACCGCAACACACACCUACUGGAAAAAUGGAACUGCUGUCACUACUCUCCUGUAAAUGUGGAGGAUUAUAUUAAUGAUUGUCCUUCUGCUUGUUCCUCUCACAUAUAUAAUAAACUCUACAUUGCAUUUCA